AUUCUCAUGUGAACCGCGGAUCGGUUAAGACGCGGCCUUGUGUUUUAGCUACCCUUUUGGGAGUUUUUUUUUUCUUUUUUUUCCUUUUCUCAAAUCUCUUCUUCAAGAUUGUAUUUUACAGAAAAAAAGAGUGUAUCCUUAGAGAUCAGUUGAACUGUUUUAUAGUGCUUUCGAGGAAUUAGUUUUUCUUUUGCAUCAAAAAAAAAAAGUUUAAAUACGCGUGAAGACAAAAAUUGCGAGAAUUGGUGUUUUUAAGUGUAAGGAGGAAAUUUUAAAUAGUUGGUUUAAAGUGUUGCAAAGAAACAAGAAGUAGUUGAAACAAAAUAAGAAAAAAAAUAAGUUCACCCAGAAGAGUUAAUUUGUUUAGAGGAGGAGAAGCUACAUUGUUGGGUGUACGUUGUUGGAUCUGCCCUGUCGGAUUACGGAUUUACUCUCAUUCCCACAAUUAUCACACUUUGAAGGGAGUCACAAUUGCGCGCCAAAAAAGAUGCGGCUUCCCUUAGCAUUUUGGACAGUUAUCCUAAUUAGAAUAUCACAGAUUUUGGCUGGCGAUGAUGUUGAAGUGGUGAAGGCGGUUUCGCCAGAUGAGGCACCAGAACGAUCGGAUGACCCAGAUCAAGUGGCCCUAGAAUCCGUGGAUCAAGAGGGUGCACCCACACUACACUUUCAGCAUGGACCACCUCCGCCAGGACCAAGUGUACCCAAACUGUCCUCACUGGGACUGGGUCAACCAUUUGGUCCACCACCACCACCGCAGCUAGCUUACCACGGACCACCGCCACCUCUGCCAAACCACCCUCAUGAUCUGGGUCAGGACAAACUCUUUGCCCUGCCACCCGUGAACAAUGAUCUGUGGUCAGCUCCAGUGCCAGAUAUGCCGAAGAUUGUCUCACUAGAUGUGAAAUGCGAAAAGGGUGGCAUGAAGGUGUUCUUGCAGUUCGACAAACCCUUUUUUGGCAUUGUCUUCUCAAAGGGGCACUACAGUAAUAUAAAUUGUGUCCACUUACCCGCGGGUCUGGGACGAACAUCGGCAACCUUUGACAUUGGAAUUCAUGCAUGUGGAACAUCAGGAAACACCGAAAAUGGUCUCUAUGGGUAUGGAACGGAAUCUGGAUCAGGAACCUACUUUGAGAAUAUCAUUGUUGUGCAGUACGAUCCACAAGUUCAGGAGGUUUGGGAUCAAGCUAGAAAACUCCGUUGCACCUGGCACGAUCAGUAUGAGAAGAGUGUAACCUUCAGACCCUUCCCCGUGGAUAUGUUGGAUGUUGUUCGGGCAGAUUUUGCUGGUGACAAUGUUGGUUGCUGGAUGCAAAUUCAAGUUGGUAAAGGACCAUGGGCAUCUGAAGUUUCGGGAUUGGUGAAGAUUGGACAAACUAUGACUAUGGUGCUGGCAAUUAAGGAUGACGAUGGGAAGUUUGAUAUGCUCGUGCGGAAUUGCAUGGCUCACGACGGGAAGAGGGCUCCGAUACAGUUGGUGGAUCAGAGAGGUUGUGUUACUCGCCCCAAGCUCAUGUCGCGAUUUACGAAGAUUAAGAAUUUCGGCGCAUCCGCUUCGGUACUCUCCUACGCACACUUCCAGGCCUUCAAGUUCCCUGAUUCGAUGGAAGUUCACUUUCAGUGUACCAUACAGAUUUGUCGGUAUCAAUGCCCUGAGCAGUGCUCAGAUCCCCUUCUGGAUGUUCAUCACUUGUCUGCUGGCCCUGAGCAUCAGUAUGGGCCUCCGCCACCUCUUCCACUUGAUGCUUUCUUGCAUGCAGCAGCCAGGAAGAGGGACGAUCGUCGUGUGGGGCGAAUCACUCGAUCAACGGAUCCCGAAAAGGAAGUGGGGCUGAAUCGAGUGAUUAGGGUUGUAUCUUCGGGCGAUCUCACAUUCCCCAUCGAUAGUCAGGCCAAUGCCACCCAGCAGGAAACAAUGGUGUUCCCUGCCCGCGAAGAGGGUCUCAUCUGCAUGACAACGCCCGGCUUUGCGGCCACACUCGUGGUCCUUCUGGGCAUUCUCAUUGUCUCCUGCCUCAUGUCAGCCUUCCUCUGUGUCCGCCUAAGGCCAUUCUCCCUGGCGGCCGAAAAGGCACGCACGGUGGCCUUUACCAACCCCAAUAUGACUGUCGUGGGGACAAUUCAGCGAGUACCUGCACCACCCACGACUAAGAAGCGCUACUGCUUCUACACAUCGUCCUCCUCGUGAAAGUCCCCAGUGUCCCCCAUUUGUUGUCCCAGAUGAAGGAGAAAUACAUCAUGUUAAUAUUUUGUACCUCAUACGCCACAGAUUAUUGUGCAGAUGCGCCUCUAUUUUUAAGAUUAUUAUUUAUCUCAAUUUGUAAUCAUUUUACGUUUAAUCACUAACGAAAGGCCUGUAUUCUAGAGAAUAAGAAAAAAAUAUAUCCCUCAUCAGUUCCUAAGUUUUUUUUUUGCUAAUUUUUGGAUAUUAGGGAAUUUAAAAAAAUCAUUUUCUAAAAUAAAUGAAAAUUCUUUUAAAUAUUUCUCAUAUUUUUUUUUAAAAGGUGAAUAGGUUGUCGAUAGAAUAGAUAAAUUAAGAAAGAAACCAACAAAAAAAAUAUGCAAGAAAAUAACUUUUUUUUUUUAAUUUAAAAAAUAUCCUAAAAAAUAAAGUGAAGAAUCAUUUAAAAUGGUUUGAAAAAAGCAAGAAAAUUAUUAAACUGAAAAUUAUAAAAUAAACUUUAAUUAAUUUAGAAAUAUACCAAACUUAUUAAUUUAUGAAUCUGAAAAUAAUUUAUCUUGUCAGAUAUUGCAGAAAAUGUACCCAAAAUACUCAUAAAAAUUAAAUGCAUUAGAUUAUAAAAGAAAGAAACAUACAAAAAAAUAUCUAGAAUAUGGGCCACAAUCUCUGAGUACAAGAAGUCAUGCAUUUCCUAAAUGGGAAUGCAGCACCUCUAACUUUCACAUUCUCCAAAAAGUCAAAACCACACUCACUGGAUUCUUCUUCAGAACUUCCAUCAAUGUAUGAGACUGGCUCCACUAUUUUUCGCUUAAUUUAUAAUCUAUUUAUUUAUUUAUUUAUGUAAUUAGGUUUUCGUGAGAUCUGCUUCUAAUUUAUUUUAUUUUAUUAUGCAAUUUAUUUAUUUUUUUCGUUGUCCUAAUUUAUUUGUUUUGUUUUUAAUAUUUUGUUUUCAUGUAAUUUUCUUGAGCAAAUUCAUCUAGUGUAUUUUCAAUUGAAAAAAAAAAAACUAAUGUUGAUUAGAAGAAAAAAAACUGUUAGGAAAUAUUUUUUGCGGUAUUUUUUUAUGUUGUCUUUAGUCGAGAAGCAGAUUGAAUUAAAUAUAUGUAUGUCGAUGCGGGAGUUAGUUUGUAAUUUAUUGUUAUUGUUAAUAUAAAUCAUACAUAAAAAAUUACCGGGUAGAAAACGCCAAGUUGUUCAAUUUAAUUGUAUACUUUAUAAAGAAAAAAAAACGCAGCAAGACACAAGAGAUGCAUUAUUGAGCAUGAUUUUCCAGGUUGGAAUGAAUUCUCCAUGUGCGAUGAAUUUGAUUUUAAGUGCUGGAAAAUCACGCAGCGUAGCUAUUAAUUGUACCUGUAGCAUUUAGGGGUGUCUCAAAUGUGGACUAAACUUAAAAAAAUGGAUUUGAGUAGAAGGAGGAUGUUUGUCCAUUACUGAGAUACAAUAUAUAAAUUCACAUAUAGCUAAGAAGUAAUAAAUAACUAUUCAAUAGCGAUAGAUUAUAAUCAUUUCUAUAGAAAAGAAAAAGAAAAAAAAAGAUGGUAAUGGUUUGGGUCGCCAUAUAUUUAUAUAUAUAAUAUAUAUUAUUUGUAGCAUUGUAGUCAAGCAGUGAAAGAAUAAUCCUAAGAGUUGAGGGAGCAAAAAUCAAGUCCAUUGACACCGUAUGCAGCGUUUUAAAUUAAAAAAAUCUCUACAAGAGAUGUUUUCGGGUCAAAAUUGGCGAUUAAAAUUGCUAUAUAAGAAUGUAUGAUAGUGCGCUAAGGAAUUAAAAUAAAAAAUUGUAUGAUGAAUUGUCUGUCAAAUGAUGAAUGAAAUGAAUAAAAAUAUAAU